AGUAUAAGAAAGCAUCAAGUUAUAGUAUGUGUUAAUAUGAUCAUGAUGAUGUCUUGUGUUGAGAUACGAGUUGCUUCAAUUCUACUAUUGUGUGCAUAUUUAAAUACACAGGGCGCACUAGCGCAACCCCUACCCGUCGAACAAGAUGUGGGGAUCAAACUAUCCAGGCAAGAUUUUAAAAGAUUUCGACUUCUUCCAGCAAAAAGGAUGCCAGUAGAAAAUUACACGCUAAUAUGUGAUACAUAUGGAAGUAGAUAUCCAAGUACCUUCGACUUUAUUAACAAUGGAGUGUCGUUUUGUACGAUGAACCGCACGAGAGGCAAAUGGGGGGGCGAGACUCAGCUUCUCAGCGCAUAUGAUUGGUUAAGAAACAAAUGUGGGACUAACGGCUAUAAUAACAGAUUUUUGUACCUCAAUACGGACAAGGAUACAAGCAAAAUGAUAUGUAAGAGGUCGGAAGAUAAUGUUCAACUUCCUCUAUAUUCCCAACGAAUAAACCCAAGACCAUUGGAACAUGGCGGGCGUCGGAAAGUAAUGUGCGAUACAAAUGAGAGUCAAUAUCCCCAAUGGUUUACAUUUUAUAAAGUUGAUAAAAAUGGAAACACAACUAUAAUUUGUAUAAUUGAUCAUCAGAUCGAUAAUUGUAUAACCAGAAAUAAACCCUUACUUUAUGGAUCGACGUAUAUGUGUGGAUGUUUAAAUAACACACGAUUUAUCUAUUUGAACAUCACGGAUGGUACUGACAAGAUCAUAUGUAAAAGGCAAAGUGACGAUAAACAACUUCCUGUAUAUUAUGGUCCAGAUGAUGUCCAACUAGUAGCUCACCGCAGUAUGGAUUUCGGCAUCCGGUACUACACGGGUAGUUCAAAGUUGGAGGCAAUUGAAGGGGAAACCGUGUUAGUGACGUGUAGAGCCAAUUGUAACCCAGCUUGUAGUGUAAACCUCUACUUAGGGGCUAUUGAAGAUGAACGACUCUUGUCCACCGAUGGUAACUACCCCUUUAUCAAUGUCACUAGAGAUUUAGAUGGGACUCGUAUUUUCUGUAAAGUUAAACGUCGUGAUGAGAGUGCUUACUCGGUGACAAAGGAGAUGAACGUGACUAUCGCAUAUGGACCCAAGUUUAUAAAAUUGAACACGGAAAAGAUUACAACGGUUAUUGAAGGCAAGGAUUUAAGUGUUACCUGUACCAGUGAUUGUAACCCGCCAUGCAACUUUAAAUGGUUUGAUAUAACCAGAGGACCUAGAUAUAACACCCGUCUGACUAGUGGUGGAACCCUUACUAUGCUGAAUAUCAGCACAAAUAUGACGGGGAAAUAUGUCUGUCGAGCUAGAAAUGCCGUUUAUCACAAUUCCAACAUGAUGCUCUUGAUAGUUAAUCAUGCACCGAUAGUCUCUAUAACAUCUGAUGCCAUCAACAAUAUAGUUUCGGAAAAUUCGAGCGUUACUUUGACUUGCUCUGUUGACAGUUCACUAUCUUCCAACAUAUCCUGGUCCAGAUCUCAACAAGGAUACCUUUCAUCUGAGGCUUCACUAUUUAUACCCGUAGCAACUUGUGCACAUACAGAUAAUUAUACAUGUACUGUUAAAAAUGGAAUUGGUUCAUCUGUAUCCAGAACAAUCUCUUUAAAUAUUAAAUGCCUUCCUAGAAUGGACAAGGAAAAGAACAAAGAUACAAAGGUUGACAAGAUAACUGCUAGGAUCGGACAAACAGCUGAAUUAUCAAUACAUCUUCUUGUUGGUCCCCCUGCUAGAUUUACAUGGUAUCGCCAAUAUUCUAAUAGAAUAAAGGAACAGGUUACAGAUUUUUGGACCAAACAAAAUGACACGGCCUUUUCGUCCAUAUUAAGGAUCGAAGAGGUUACAGCACUAGACUUCGGCUAUUAUAAGGUAUAUGUUCGGAAUUGUUUUGGUGUUCGAUCACGUUUGUUUGAGCUCAAUCCCGCGCGGCAUAGUUCAGUAUUGGAAAAUUAAAAUACAAGAUGUACAUAGGCCAUCUAUUAAUAUCGCUACUGGAAAUUUUAGGGAUAAUACGGUCGUGGCUCUCUUACAGAGCUGCUUUCAUCCAUUUCCAAUCUAUUACUAGUGAUAUUUAAUUUAGUUGUUAUUAAUUUGUAUUUAUGGGGAAAUAAAAUAUAUAAAUUUUCA